AUGUAUUCCCUGCACUUGGUCCUUGCUCUCUUCGGCCAGGCGGCCAUGAUCGCCGCCGUGCCCCUCCAGCCCCUUAGGGUCAUCCAGAUCGACGAGAGGGCCAUCGGUGACCUCGACACAAUCGAGAAGGCGCUGGCUCCCGUGUCCGAGUCACUCGCCAACGUCGAUGCCGCAAUCCUGUCCUUGGAUGGCGGUCCCGUCACAGCAAACAACCUCCUCAUUUUCUCCCAACAAGCCCAGGUCGCUACGGACCAGGCCACGGUCCAGAUCCAGGCCGUCGACGAACUCGGCGCUUUCAGAGCUGCCAGGCUCCGCCGGACCACAGACGCCCUCAUCGAUCAGACGACUACCACAGUUGGGGACUUGGUCUCCCGCAAACCCAUCCUCGACAACCUUGGUGUCAGCGGCGUCGCCUUGGAGUCCCUUCAGAGGCAGAAGAUCUCUAGCAUGGCAUUGACCGCCGCUCUGGAGGAGAAAGUCCCCAGAGUCGGCCAGAGAAUCGCGGCUGAGGGCAGACUUCAGCUCGAGUCUGUGCUGGACCAGGGCAUCGCCGCCUACUCUGUACCGGCCGCUGCCACCGUUCCCGCCAACCCCAACGGGAUCCCGAUCGCCGCUCCUGCUCCCCCUGCGGCAGCUCCGGCUCCCCCUGCUGAUCAGCCUGCCCCUCCCGCUGCUUCCCCGGCGCCUCCCGCUGCUUCCCCGGCUCCUCCUGCCGCAGCACCGGCGCCUCCCGCGGCUGCCCCCGUCCCCCCUGCUGUCCCAGCAGUGGGCGCUCCCAUACCCGCCCCGGUACCUCAGCCGGCGCCGGCCGUUGGCGCUCCUCCCGCAGUGGCACCCGCCCCGGUUCCUGCGCCUGUUCCCAAUGUGCCUGCGGCUCCUAUGCCAGUGCCGGUCCCGCCCCCUCAGAUCACUCCCCCUACCGGCCGUAAGGACCGUAAGAGGAAGAAGAAGGCCAACAGACUCCUCGAGGUUGAGGAGGAGGACGGUACUGCCAAUGCGGCCGUCGAGUCGGUCGAGCAGUAA